GACAAAUUCUCUUCGCAUGAACUACAUUUCCUGUUCUCUGGUUAAAGGUCGUUGUCCUGAAGAAGAGCAAAGUAUACAUUUAUUCGAGCAUCAUGUCAUCUUUGCACGUGCCGUUUAAACGGUGCACAGCGUUCGGUAUAAAUAAGAAUAACUCUAAUGAUCAUUACUUGUCUUUUUAAAAAUAAUGUCUAGGGAGCUACUUUCAAACGGAAUAGCAAAGUAAUCGCGAACUGCUAGGCUGACUUGCAUAAGGAUUUCAAAAUGGUAGAAGAGAAGUCAGGGGUCCCCCAGUGGCCUCGGGUUUCAAAGUUCAUCUUGUCAGCAUGUGCAGCUACUGUUGCUGAAAUGGUGACAUUCCCCCUGGACCUGACCAAGACCAGGCUUCAGAUCCAGGGUGAAGUGGCCCUCAGACAGCACGGUUCUCAGACGGCCUACAGAGGGAUGCUGGGCACUGCCCUGGGGAUUGUACGUGAGGAGGGUCCCCUUAAACUGUGGCAGGGGGCCACACCAGCUGUGUACAGACAUAUAGUCUACUCAGGAGUGCGGAUGGUGGCCUAUGAGCAGCUCCGAGAUGUCCUUGGCAGGUCUGAAGAUGAUCGCUUCCCCCUCUGGAAAGCAGCGAUCGGGGGCAUGCUGGCUGGGGCUGUGGGUCAGUUCAUGGCCAGCCCCACCGACCUGGUCAAGGUGCAGAUGCAGAUGGAGGGGAGACGGAGGCUGGAGGGCAAGCCACCCCGGGUUCAUGGAGUGUACCAUGCUUUCCUGAAGAUUGUCUCUGAGGGGGGUAUCCGGGCGCUGUGGACAGGGUGGGUCCCGAACGUACAGAGGGCUGCUCUGGUCAAUCUAGGAGAUCUCACAACAUAUGAUACUGUCAAGCACUUUCUACUGAGAAAUACGUCGCUACAAGACACCAGCCUUUGCCAUGGGUUAGCAAGCACAUGUUCUGGUCUGGUUGCUGCUACCAUGGGAACACCAGCAGAUGUCAUCAAAACCAGAAUAAUGAACCAGCCCAGAGGUCCAAAUGGCAGGGGCAUAUUGUAUAAGUCUUCCAUUGACUGCCUGAUCCAAUCUGUCAAGGGGGAAGGGUUCAUAUCCCUGUACAAAGGCUUUCUCCCUACUUGGAUGAGAAUGGCUCCCUGGUCCAUGACGUUUUGGCUCUCAUUCGAACAAAUACGAAAGACAAUGGGCAUCAGCUCGUUCUGAAACCUGGACUGUCCGUCAGACAGGUUGCCUUGUAGGUUAAGAGUGUUGGGCCUGUAACUGAAAGGUCGCUGGUUCGAAUCCCUGAGCCGACCAGAUGAAAAAUGUGUCGGUGUGCCCUUGACCAAGACACCUAACCCUAAUUACUCCUGUAUGUCGAUAUGGAUAAGAGCGUCUGCUAAAUGACAAAAAUGUAAUGGACUGAUCACAUUCAUUAAUCUACUUGUUUGAGGUGCUGCACUUGGUGCUACAGUGCCAUGUACAUAACAUGCAACACUGUGCCAUGGUAGUGAUGCUUGUUAGCUACGUUGUCAUUUGUCACAGAGACCAGUCAGUUGAUUUACUAUGAUACAACGUGUUCAACCAAUGUCUCAGGUGUGAUUACUGGUUCUACCGGUUAAAUGUUAUAACAAACUCUAAACAUGUUUCAUGUCAUUAACUUUCUGAACACUAACAUUAUAAAAGCUAUAUGCUUCAUUGUGUAGGGUAAGAAGCAUAAAGACACAUUUAUAUAUAUCAAACACAAGGUUUUAACUGUGGCCACUGCUGACCAUAAGUGAAUUAAAUACAAUGAAAAUAACCAA